UCAAAUCAUCGUACGAGAAUCCACAGACCACCGCCAUACCAUGAAGAGCAACUCCUGAAACCGCCCCCAGUAUCCGCUCCUUCCUCAAAAACCACCUAUAAAUUCCUCCCCCGUUUCCCUUGCUUUCCUCACAUUACAGGCAAACAAACAAGUCCCAUUUCUCUUAUUUGUUCACUCUUUCUCGCAUAUUCUCAUCAACCCUUCUUCGAUCUCAUCAUCAAACUGCAAAAAGAGAAAAUUUGAUCUCCUUCCUAUGGAUACCAAGAUUGGAUCUAUUGACAGCUGCAUGCCCCCGAACGGCGACAUGUGCAGCGCAGCAACCGGUGGUUCCAUUUCUACCAUCCAAAACUCUGUCUCUCCCACUAUGAUCAAUGCUGCUGAAUCGAAUCUUGGCCGCCACCUUGCUCGCCGGCUGGUUCAAAUCGGCGUCAGUGACGUUUUCUCUGUUCCCGGUGAUUUUAACCUUACUCUGCUUGAUCAUCUGAUCGCGGAGCCUGGGCUUAAGGUCAUUGGCUGCUGUAACGAGCUAAAUGCAGGGUACGCUGCCGAUGGUUACGCACGUUCGCGUGGAGUUGGCGCUUGUGUUGUUACGUUUACCGUGGGUGGCCUUAGUGUUCUCAAUGCAAUCGCUGGUGCUUACAGUGAAAAUCUGCCUGUGAUAUGCAUUGUUGGUGGACCUAACUCUAAUGAUUACGGGACUAACAGGAUUCUGCACCAUACCAUUGGAUUGCCUGAUUUCAGCCAGGAGCUAAGGAGUUUCCAGACUGUUACCUGCUUCCAGGCUUUGGUGAAUAACCUGGAAGAUGCACAUGACCUGAUUGAUACUGCUAUAUCGACUGCUUUGAAAGAAAGCAAGCCUGUUUAUCUUAGUAUUAGCUGCAACUUGUCUGCAAUCCCUCAUCCUACUUUUAGCCGGGAGCCAGUUCCAUUUUCUCUCUCUCCCAGAUUAAGUAAUAAAUUAGGUUUGGAGGCUGCAGUUGAAGCGGCAGCAGAGUUCUUGAACAAAGCAGUGAAGCCAGUUCUGGUGGGUGGGCCUAAACUGAGAGUUGCAAAGGCAUGUGAAGCCUUUGUUGAGUUAGCUGAUGCUAGUGGUUACGCCCUCGCCGUGAUGCCAGCAGCUAAAGGGCUUGUGCCAGAAUUUCAUCCCCAUUUCAUUGGAACUUACUGGGGUGCUGUGAGCACUGCUUUCUGUGCUGAGAUUGUGGAAUCUGCUGAUGCUUACUUGUUUGCUGGACCCAUUUUCAAUGAUUAUAGCUCUGUUGGAUACUCUCUGCUUCUCAAGAAAGAGAAGGCAAUCAUUGUGAAUCCUGAUCGAGUGGUGAUCGGAAAUGGCCCUACAUUUGGAUGUGUUCUGAUGAAGGAUUUUCUCCAGGGCCUUGCGAAGAAGCUCAAGACUAAUACUACUGCACAUGAGAACUACCGCAGGAUUUUUGUUCCUGAUGGACAUCCUUUGAAAAGUGAACCGAAAGAACCAUUAAGGGUUAAUAUUCUCUUUCAACAUAUACAAAAAAUGCUGUCUGGUGAAACAGCUGUGAUUGCUGAGACAGGGGACUCGUGGUUUAACUGCCAGAAGCUGAAAUUGCCAAAGGGAUGCGGAUAUGAGUUCCAAAUGCAAUAUGGAUCAAUUGGUUGGUCAGUUGGGGCAACUCUUGGAUAUGCUCAGGCUGUGCCGCAGAAACGCGUGAUUGCUUGUAUUGGUGAUGGUAGCUUUCAGGUGACUGCACAAGAUGUUUCGACGAUGCUGCGAUGUGGACAGAAGACCAUCAUUUUCCUGAUCAACAAUGGUGGAUAUACCAUUGAAGUUGAGAUCCAUGAUGGUCCUUACAAUGUGAUAAAAAACUGGAACUACACUGCAUUGAUUGAUGCCAUCCACAACGGUGAAGGCGACUGCUGGACAACCAAGGUCAAAUGUGAGGAAGAUCUAGUUGAAGCAAUUAAGACUGCAACAGGUGCAAAGAAAGAUUGCUUGUGCUUCAUCGAGGUCGUUGUUCACAAGGAUGAUACUAGCAAAGAGCUCCUGGAAUGGGGCUCCAGGGUCUGCGCUGCCAAUAGCCGACCACCAAAUCCUCAGAACUUUACUUCAAGAGAAGAGGAUGAAGAUGCUGCCGAAGAAAAACAAGGUAAAGAUGAUGAGCAUGCUGCUGGAGCCACGGAGUAAAAGACCAAUUCAAUGCCUUCAUCAGCGGCGAGAAAACACAAAAGAACGGCGUGAAGAAUAACUAGAACGGCCGUGUGAUUAACUAACCGACCUGUACUGGAAGUUCUAUGGGCUGAAAUCUCUUGAGAUGUAUGCCACUUUUGCGUAUUUUGAAGGAAUGUGAUGGUUUUCCCACUCGCAGCUCACAAUCGCAAUUAUACGAUAUUAUUUGAGGCUAAAAGAUGAGCUUUGCUUGAUUCAA